AUGGCGAGGAGUGUGAGUGCUCGCGACCAGUCUGGCGACGAUCCGAAUCCCAAUUUCCCUUCGGCCCCUUCUACACAAUUCUCUCAGUCUCAAUACCCGUUCCCGAUCGACUCGGAGCUGACCAUGACCACCAACUACUCCAUCCCCCAAUUCGCCAGACAGCUCGAUGAGACUGCUGGGCCAAUUGAUACAUCUGGAAACGGUGUGUUGAGCAAUAUGUCCAUAGCUCCCAAUGGCGCAGCUUCCAACGCGACCGCAGAUGCUGUAAUGGCGCCUCCUCAGACUCCAAGCCAACCAUUCAUGCCUACCGCGCCGCACGCCAGUGGUGAUGAGUCCGCCGAUACGACACAGACUCCACAAACAGGAGAAAGGAGAAAAAGGUCAAAGACAUCGAGGGCGUGUGAUGAAUGUCGUAGGAAGAAGAUUCGAUGUGAUGCUCCUGCAGAGGCUGACGGGACACCAAAAACUUGCUCUAACUGCACGAAGGCUGGUGUGACGUGUGAAUUUGAGCGCAAACCUAUGAAACGUGGCCCCUCCAAAGGCUACAUCAAAGAAUUAGCGGAACGUGUCCAGCAAGUCGAACACGUGCAAAAGCAAGCACUGCGUCAGUCGUUAGACGGAAGUUCCAAUACAGGCAUCGCUGCCUACGCCGAGCCCUAUUCAUCUGACGAGCCAACCUCCUCUACAAAGCGCACCUUCUCUUUUCCAGAUCCAGGUAAUGUAAGCCCGUUUACCUCUUCAGAAUUUCAACGAGACCGAAUCCCAAGCGCCGGGGUCUGGGGCAGCUCUUCUGUCCAUCCUGGUCUUCGGCCACGUGAGGCUGGCAGCCUUUCCAUUGCUCCGAACGAGCCCGUUCCCAAUCAAGAGAGUGGAAACACACAGAAUCCUGGCGGUGCCUUUUGGUCAGAAUCAACUCUGAACGAGAAAUAUCCUCCGGCGAAACGUCAGCGUAUUGGGGAUUCUGAUGAAAAUCGGGAAACCGUCAAGAUGGAUCCUGCAUUCUUGUCCCAGUACUACGAACACGUCCAUCGACUCUUCGCACUUCUUCCUAAGGCCGAAAUUGUCAUGGGAGUUGUCGAAAAUUCCACCAAAAGUGUCCAAUAUGCCUUUUCAACCGCUAUCGAAAUCUUUCCCUAUCCUGCCGUCGGUGUCGCCGUCAAUGGCAGUCAUGACGCCAACUCCUCCAAUCAAAAUCUGGACACCUCCAGCAAACCCCCCAAACUUGAUCUCACAUUAAAGCUCUUCGACAAUUAUGACCAGCUGGCACAAUUCCUCAAUGACAAGUCGCAUGCACACUCUUCCUCUCGUUCAACCGAUGAAAACCUGGCCUUGAUUUGGACAUUCCUCCUGGUGGCAUUGGUGUCUCAGAGCGAUGUCACUCAAAUGCUUGGUUCAGUCAUGCCUACAGCCGAACUUGUCGCAGCCAGUCAGAGCAUCAUCGAAUAUCUCCAGUUGGACAAUUCAGCUAAAUGGUCGAAUGGCUUCGUCAAGGACCGCACCGAACUCAACAAGAUUAUUGAACAAGCUUACAAUUGUACAUGUCUCUUGGGGAAAUACCACGGCCUCAGCCUUGGUAUGGAGCAUUGGACGCUGCCACGAUUCACUUCUUAUUCAGCCAAAGUUCUUGACUCUCCACGAGUACCCGUUGAGUCCGUAUACCUUGCUCGUAGUUCAGAGGCCUUCCGAAUGUUCUCGACUCUCUUUUACCAUGAUGAACCAAGCAGGUUCGCUCAUAGUGUCAUGUUUGGCUACAUCCAACCUUUCCUCGAUCAGCUCCGCAUUGAAUUUCCCGCCAUCCACCCAGAACAACAUCGGAUUCAUCUAGAAAUCAAGUACUUCAUGGCACUGGUCACGUCUCGCCAUGUACUCAAUGGACCCCAUCCUCUGUUCGUUCUGGAGGCUGCCGACCGAUUGGCUGUGUGCCUCAACUGGAAUGCGGCCGCAACGUCUCCGAUCCUACGCUACUUUAAUCCGAUUGACAUGUACGCCUGGUCAAUUUUGGUCAUCACCCUCUGCGAGUUCGUUGACCAAGUGCCUCAGAAAGAGAUGAACGAAUUCGCAAAUCGAAUCUUGGAUGAAAUACGUCAAGACCUCCAGAGGAUGUCGGACACGUUUCACAAUAAUUAUGGUUUCAAUUGGUUCUGGGCUCCGGAUCAGAUCCCUGCGGAGACAUACACGAUGAAACACUGGACAGACUGCUUGUUGGUCAUUAUUGACUAUGUUAAGGGACAGGAAUCGUCGGCGGUGUUCGACAAGGACUCUUAUUCACGCUUCAUCGGGCGAUUUGGCGACCUACUUAAGCACGGCUGGAUUAAGGUUGUUCAUCGUUUCAGUAGCAGAUUGGAGGAGAGCACCAGCAACUGA